AUGUUGAUUGAGCAAAUUACAAGAGAAAUUGAUGAUAAAAAACUAUUUACAAUAAUUUCUGAGGAAGGUGAAUCUAUUCAAUUUGUUGAGAGCAUGGAAAAACCAAGCGCCGAGAAGAAAGAAAUAUCAAAUAUUACAAAUGGAUCAGAAAAUGCUCAAGAGAAUCAUGGGAAUUGAGAAAAAAUCACUGCAACAUAUUGUAACAUUGGACUCACUAUUUAUGGAAUAAAAAUCCCUGAGAGCUCUUAUAAUUCUAUUAUAGGUGAAACUGAUUAUAUUUAUGAUAUUUUUAUUAGCUCUGGAUUUUGACCUUUUAGCUGUAAAAAAAUUCCAAUCCCAGUUGAUUCUGAGAUUUAUCUGAAAUGAGGGAAUAGGCCAAGCAGAUCGCAAAGCAAUGAGCGAGACAUUAUCCAAAAAUUUUCCACUGAUUUUUCGUGAUUUGCUAAUCCAUAUAUAGCUAGAUUAAAUAUGGCUAGAAAAUUUUUUUAUGGAUUAAUAGUGAUGAGUGUAAUAUUUACUAUAUUAUUUAUUAUACUAUUAGAAUAUGCUGAAAUGGAAUAUUGGGGAUUUUCUUUUUUUAUACUUAUGCUUCCUUUAGCAACUAUUUUUCUAUAUUCUGUAACUGUAAAGACAAUGCUCCAGAGAUUUACAAAAAAAGCAAGCAAUUUUGUUAAUAUGAAAUUGCCAGAAUUAAAAUCAAAUAGAAUCAUGGUAGAAUUAGGAAAGAAUUGCUCGUAUAUUGUAUUUAAGCUGAGUUAA